AUGACCACCCCUCCUACCACCACCACCACACAAACCUCGACAGAAAAGGAUGCAAAAGAACAACCAUGGCACGCAUUCUUCCCCGCCCCGCGAACCACGCACCCCAAAGUCGUCAAGAGAGAAGACGUGCUCGCCAUGCUCAAGUCUGGGACCACUGAUCGACCAGGAAGGGAUUUCUUGUUAGUCGACGUACGAAGAAAUGACCAUGAAGGCGGCACUAUCCGCUCUUCUCUCAAUCUGCCAGCUCAAUCACUCUACCACGGCAUACCGACGCUGUAUGCACUUGCCACGGCGGCGUCGGUACCGCUGGUGGUAUUCUACUGUGGGUCGUGCAACGGUAGAGGACCGCGUGCAGCAGGGUGGUUUGCCGAUUACAUCGACGACCAGGCGCGGACCCGGACGCAGGACAGCACCGACGGCGAAACGGCCCCGCAGGUGCAGCAGGUGCAGAUGCAGAGUGCCAUCCUCGAAGGCGGGAUCAAAGGUUGGGUGGCUGGCGGUGAGGAAUAUGUAAAACUUGUUGAUGGCUUUGAGCGGGAGGUGUGGGAGAAGACAAAGACGACGAAAUGA